AAUUCACCCCGAGCUCUGAUUGGCCAAUUCCCGUAGGUUUCCCUCAGAACUGCAAGACGCCGAUAUUGCGUUACAUUGUAGCAAAAUGGCGGCUGUCAUUCAGAAUCCACUAAAAGCGUUGGGCGACCAGUUCUAUAAGGACGCCAUUGAGCAGUGCCGCAGCUACAAUGCCCGCCUGUGUGCUGAACGCAGCGUCCGCCUGCCAUUCCUGGACUCUCAGACCGGCGUGGCCCAGAACAACUGCUACAUCUGGAUGGAACGCCACCACCGCAGCCCUGGGGUUGCAGCAGGGCAGAUGUACACGUACCCCGCCCGCUGCUGGAGGAAGAAGAGACGGCUGCACAACACCUCAGAUCCACGUCUGGGCAUCUACGGCCUCCAGCUCGACGGUGGCCUCAUGUCCAAGGACACUCUGCCGACCCAGAGCACGACUCUGGAGGCUCUGCUGCGAGGAGAAGGACUAGACAAGAGGAACAACUCCAAGAAUGACGAGGAAAGUCUGCUGGAGAUUCAGAGGGUUCUGGAGGCUGAUGCAGCCGAGGACGCUUUCAAUGAUGACGAUGAUUAUGAAGUGGACACUCCCAAGAGAAGACAUCGGGGCAAAGGAAGAGGUCGGGGUUCAGGCCGCAGGAGGACAGAUCUGGAUGAUGACAAGCCAUACGUCUGUGACAACAGAUACAAACAAAAGCAGAACUCAAAAUCUUCGACCUCAGUCUGUGCAAAGCGCUACAGGAACCGCACAGGACUAAGUUACCACUACACCCAUUCCCACCUGGCAGAGGAGGGCCGAGCCGGAGAGAGGAGCACGGUGGCAUCCCGAUCCCCCUCUGCACCACAGACGGACAGACACAAACGUCCUAAAGGUCCAGGUGGGACCAGCAUUCCCAACAACUACUGUAAUAAAUGCCAGGGCUCAAACAAGAAAACGGGUAAAUCUGGGUCUCCCUGCUCAGCCUGCCAAUGCACAAGUGAGUUCGUUUCACCUCCAGUGCACAACAGAACUGACUGCGGAGAAGAGAAGGAAGACGGGACUUUUACUGGAGCCGAGGAGCUCUUCGGCACCACUUCGGAGAGCGACACUUCCACCUUUCACGGCUUUGAGGACGACGAGCUGGAAGAGCCGGCCACAAACAGCAACGGGAUCUCCGGCCGUCACAGAUAGAGCGGAACUAUUCAAUUUGAAGAGACGAUGUUUUUAUAUGGAUUAACCUCUGGCAAAAUCUGCUGCUUCUUUUUCAAUGUUUUUUUGUUUGCAGAAAGCACAAAGUGAUCAUUUCAGGACAGAGAUGCAAGUGGUAUUUAUCUACUGAACAUUGUUGAAUAAUUUAUGAACACCUUUUUUAUAUAUAAAUAUAUAUAUAUAUUAACUUUUAAGGCAACGAACGACUGUCAGUGUUUCCUGACAAGUGACUCCGAGCAAAACAGAAGAUGUUUUUGGAGUGUUUUUUUUUUCCUCACUGGAGCAGAAGGAGCUUAAAGGUUAUGAACAAAAAACACUGGAGAAAUUGGAAAAUUAAACAACUGAAAAAUGUAAAGGCAUGAAUGAUAAGUUUGGAUAGAUGACUGAAUGUCAUUGCAGAACUACUGGAUGUUUUUGAAUCGGUAGUUGGUGGAACUAUGAAGGCCUCUUUUUCUGCUCUAACUUACACAUGUAUGAACAUGAAGGAACCAAUGAAAGGACUGCCACCGGCCACUGGAAAUGUUUGGAUGAAGAAGCCUUUAUAGUCUUUACAGAUAGGGGAGAAAACAAAUGAAAGGAGCACACUGGCAUGUGGCCCAGGGCUGGGGGUGACCAGUGAAGAAGAGGAUUUAACCCUCAAACUAAUGAGCCUUCAUGUCCCUCCUGAUUUGGGCCUAAAAUAACUGACUGAAAUGGAUGCACAGACAUCCAUCACUUCUACAGGCCAUGUGGCUUAAUUGAAGCAACUGCUCCCUUGACAAUAUGUAUCGACCCCUUGUGAACAUUUUGAAAUGUGAGUAUCCAGCUUCGUUUCAUCCUUUCUGCACUGUGCUGGAGCUCCUCUCUGAACUAUGGGAACACUAAAGGCCAGGCCUUUGGACUGUUUGUGCCCAACGGGUGCAUUUGGGGCCCCACGGCCCAGCCUGCCCACUCCUGCUCUGUGACUGUGUCUGCUGUGUGAUCUGAUGUGACACUAAGACGUCAUUAUCCUCAUCACUGUGCCAGCCUGCCGCUCUGCACUGGAAACCAGCUCUGACAGCCAUGACCCUCCAACCUGAUUGGACCAGUGACCCCCUGACCUGCAGCCAUAGAGAUGGUGCUCACAUCCACCACUAUUACAUGCAGACCUCCGGACUACUGUAAUAAUACUCUGACAUGGACACAAAGGUUUUCUGCUUCUGUCCCUCUGUCUGUUUUUGCUCCCUGUUUCCUCAGCCUCUCUGAUCUCAAAUGGAUCGCAGUGAUUUAGCUCACUUUUUCUCGCAUCUUUUCUCUGUUGUAUAAUAUUUCUAUGUUUUGAACUCUUUAAACUUUGAUUAGUACGACUUCUUGGCUUUGUUCAGACUGUAUUAAUACCUCUGUCCUGAUCAGGUGCACAAUAGCCACAACUACUCAGGCAUCUUUCAUUUCCUCUGCUGUUGAUUGUUCAGCCACUCAGCCCAGAUUCAUGUGAUUGUAUUCAGUUGGCGAGGAGGGACAAUGACACCCACACAAGGAUCCCAUUAUAAUCAACUCCCAGGAGGGAUUUGGGAUACUGCAGUCUCAUGCUAUAGGAAAACAUUGCAAUAACAAGCUUCAGCUUCAUCUGUUCUCCGCUGGUUUUUGCUGGUGUCACGCUUGCAGUGAAAAACCUCUCCGCUUUCUGUUUCAAAAUCUGCAGUUUGAGCGGGUUUUGGCAACAGCGAGAUUCAUCUCAGAUGCAUUUGGAAACAAUACUGUUGCUCGACAGACGUGACUCUGCUCCGAUUCACAUACUUAAUGAGGAGUGAAAACUGUAAAUCCAAGUUUCUGUGACAUUUCCGUUGAGUGCUUUAGAGGGCCUAAUUGCUUUAUGACAUUUAGCAGGUGCUUGAAGUACUGUAUCAAAAAGCCUUUUAGGUCUAUAGGUUGCACAUACUGUGUAAGAGGUCUGUGUCCUUCCAUGUGAUUAUUCAGUAUCGCUGCAAUGUAAGCCGCUCCGUUUUUGAAGCUAACCAUUAAUCCUAUGUGUCUGUUAACUUGCAUAAAGUGCUUGUGCAUUGGAACCAUCUUUCUUCACUUCCCUCAGGGACCCUCCACACAGCAGUUUAUCUCCACUGGACAAAGAAUGCAUCCGAGACAUGUCAGUUAUCCUCUCUUGUAUCAGUUAUGUGGUGUUUCCAUGGUAAAACGCGUCUGUAAUCUUCCAAAGUCAUGCCAGUAAGUGAAAGCAUGUGUCAUGAGUCCUAACCUGCUACAUGUUAUCUACCGUAUGAACAGGCCUAGUGUGGUGCAGUUCUGAACAAAAGGAGAAGCUCCUAAAUGCAAAAGUUAGCGAUGUCUGCUUCAAAUAACGUGUCACCAAUCGUUGAAUAGCCUGUAUACCUCGUCAAAGACACAGCAAUAGGCCCUGGUACUCUCUUGUGAAGCCUGCCGGGGGUGGAGAGGGAGGAUCAGGGUAGGAACAGAGCCAAGAGGAGAUGAAAUGGACGUGACCGGGUGUUUUUUUUGUUUGUUUUUUUUCUUUCAUCUUCAGCUGUAAAUACAAGUCAAAUGGAGAGAAUGAAGAAGUCUUUGUUUGUUAAACUAUUUUUAUUGUUCUGAAAAAAAAUAAAGGAAAAAUAAAGAAGGAA